AUGAUGACGAUGUUGGGCAAAUAUUUAAUGAUGGAAUUCGCCAAGGCCUAUUCAUUGCGAAUCAUGGCCAGAUCAUUCAAUAGCAACCUCUACAAACCAGUCUACCCAAGGCAUGACCUCAUGCCCAAGCAGUAUUGGGAAAUGGACCACGAUUUCAAACUAACCAAAGGCGACUAUGGCACACAAUCAUUGGACACGCACCAACCUUUUAGCAUCGGUUUUAAUAGCUUCACACUAGCUGAAGAGACUUUAAUCGGAGCCAAAGAAAGUAGGCUAGUGGAACAGUGCCACGCUGAUUCCAAUUUGUCCCACAUUGACGCCGAGGGCAAGGCCAAAAUGGUGGACGUCAGUGCCAAACCGCCCUCUCAACGAGAGGCCGUGGCCAAAGCCAAGAUCGUUGUGGGUGCCCAAGCCUUUCAAUUGGUCGAAGCUCAAGAGAUGAAGAAAGGAGACGUGCUGACGGUCAGCCAGCUGGCCGGGAUCAUGGGCGCCAAAAGAACUGGUGACCUCAUCCCACUCUGCCACCCAGUGGCAUUGAGUUCUGUCAAUGUGAAACUACAACUGCAACGCGAGGACUUCUCCGUAGAGAUUACGUGUGUUGCCAAAUGUCAGGGCCAAACAGGGGUGGAAAUGGAGGCGCUGACCGGCGCAACAAUAGCCGCUCUGACUGUGUACGAUAUGUGCAAGGCCGUUAGUAAACAGAUGGUGAUCCAAGAGGUGUAUUUGGCCAAGAAAACAGGUGGCAAGAGUGAUAUCGCAUUUGAGCCUUAAGUUAAACCACUGGUUUGCAUUCCCUUUUUUUUUUUAUACACGUUAAUAACAUAUGAAGAUUUAUCAAAAUAUACGCAUUCUUGUUACCGCA